AUGCAGGCCAUUCGAACGCGGGCUGUCUGCAUCGCGCGUCAGUCACGGCUGACUGGCCUGCGCCAAUCGAGAUCCUACGCUUCUGGAGGCGACCACGGCCACCACGCUCACACCGUCGAGGAGCCCAUCGGAGGCUUCUUCUGGGCCGUGGUCGCGAUCAUCCCCUCCGCAUACGUCGUCUACAAGAUCACCGCUCCCGGCCAGAACGGCGAGCCGCCGUACUUGACGAAGAAGAUCCAGGAGUACGCCCACUGGCAGGAGACAUGGAAGGAAAGGAACGCGCUACACACCAAGGCCGUUGAGCAAGCCGGAUUCGACAGGCUUCUCUUCUUUUCCACCCCUGCGAACCGCGACGUUGACCUCAGAUUCCCCGAGGCGCUGUCCAACCAUGCCGCGCGCAAUGUCGUCGCUGGUUCCCAGACCAACCUGGACCACGUGAUCGCCCACUACAAGAAGCAGCAUCUCGACGAGGAGGAGCGGAAAGUACAGAAGCUUGCUGCGCAGAAGCAGGCAUGA